UUCCUGGUUGGUGUGGACGGUAGCACGCUGUCGGCGUCUGCUAGCUCAGCUCGCAACUCCAACUUUUGAGAGCAUGGAAUCAGUCGCCUCCUAGUUUUCCAGCGAUACGAUAAAUAGGAAAUAACACUCGAAUCGGGCUGCGUAAGUUGCAGAUUUCCGUAAAGGCAUGACUCUGUAAAGAGUUUGUUUGUAGUAGACUUCCCCAGCUUGCGCCCGCCAGCUAAGCUAGCUAGCCACACUGCAUCCAAGAUGAGUGAAAGCUGCGCUGCAGCCAACUGUGACUACCAGCAGGGCGCUCUCUUCAGCUUCCCCUUGGAUCCGGAGAGGUGUAAACAAUGGUUGACGAACUGUUGCCGCCCAGACUUGGCGCCACAACCACCAGAGCAGUUGCACAAGGAGUACAGACUUUGUGCCAAGCACUUUGAGCCCUCUAUGAUCGCUGAUCAGAGUGCGUCCAGUUGUGUUUUAACGGAAGAUGCGAUUCCAACAAUAUUUGACCCUCCGACGGCUGGGAACAAGCAGCCAGCUUGUAACAGGAAACGAACUCGAGACCCUUCAGAAGAAGAAGCUGCUGUAGUAAAGAAAACUAAAGAAAAUGCAGACGUGGCAGACGAGACGAAAGAGGUGGCGGGAGAGAACAGUGCAGCCGCCGAGCUGCCGACAGAAAACCAAACCCAAGAAGACUUCUCCAGCUUGAGAGCAAAAGAGACUUUGAAAGUUUAUUUCAAGGAAAUCCUCGCACUGACAGGGUUCAGCAUCAAUGGCGCCAAACUUGAUGAGCCCAUUGGAGGCGGACGGGGGCAGCAGGCUCUCAACAGUAUCUGUGCGGAGAAAAUUGACAAGAAAGAAAUUCUGCAGUUCAGUGAAGACCUCAUGCGGGAGGAGAUCCAGAACAAUCUCAGACUCGCUAGAUUCUUCUCCAUUCUGCUUCAGGAUGUGACCAACAUAGAAGGCAAGGAGCAGAUUCCAGUCUUCAUCAGGUCCGUCACCAUUGCCGGGUUCCCCCAAAAGCACCUCGUUGGGUUCUUGCCAUGCAACUUGGAUCCCGAGAAUCUAUUUUACAUGCUCCUCUCUGAGCUGCGAAAUAAGUGGGGGCUGAGGAUGGAGCACUGCAGAGGACUCACGUAUGUUAUUACAGGAAACAUGUGCCAGAAGUUGCGAGAUCUUACCUGCAGAAUCCUGCAGGAGUUUCCACAAGUGGUUCUGUCACCAAGUGACCCAUACGCAUUCAACAUAUGGAUAAUUCGCUGCAUGCCCGUGCCCUCAAUCCAGAAGGUUGCAGACACUGUAGAGGAGGUGGCCUCGUUACUCAAGAGUACGCCAGAGCUCAGCAAGCGGUUGGAAGGGAAGAUCCAGACGACGUACGGGCAUUUAAAGGGGGAAGUCGACAGGAUCAAAACAGGUCUCGCUGAGAAUUGGGAAUAUGGCACCGACGCCUUCCAGACCAUGCUGGAAAUUCUUGAGCCGUUCCUUAACUGCAUCAACGAGAUCAUUUCAAAAGUGGACGAAGAUACUGCCGAGCAGAUGGCCAAGCUUAAGCCGGUUUUGAAAAAUUUCAAUUUCAUCAUCACCCUUGUCGUUCUGAAGAACACACUCUGUUGUGUGAGCAUACUUAACUCAAGUCUCAGGGGAAUAAUCAGCAUCAGCAGUACGUUGCAGUACACAAUUUCCAAUGCCUUAAAGCUGGUAAGCAAAUACCAACAGGAGCUUGCAAUAUUUCACAGGAAAUGGUUUUCCGACGCAGUUGGCCGAGCAAAGAAGCUGGGAGUGGAGGUCACCAAACCGGAGGUGACUCAAGCAGACACAUCUGAGACGCCGCUGGAGGACUUUUACAGAGAGACUCUGAGUCGGCCAAUCUUGCAGUUUCUGGUCGCGGAGGUGAAGAGGGUGUUCAGCACGGAGAUGGUGAGGAUUCUCCGCUGGCUCUCGUUGGUGCCGUCUUACAUGGCCGACCACAAUUUCAGCAUUCGCAGGGAUAAAGUGGCAGACGCAAACUUGAACAACCUUGCGCGGCCGGACACGUUCUACGAAGAGCUCGGUUGCUGGGAAGUGAAGUGGAGACACGCAAGCAAGCGCAGGAUCCUGCCGACCACCGUGUUUGCUACGCUGAAGAUCCCCGACAUCGGCUUCUACCCAAACGUGCAAAGCCUGCUGCGGGUGUUGGGCACGGUUCCCUGCGUGAACGCAGAGGCGGAUGUGUACGGCCAGUACCAUAUGGUGCUGGAGCGGUGCCAGGCCUACCUGAAAGCCACAGCAGGGGACCAAAGGCUGUGCAGCAUGGCGUUCGUGUACGUCAACCAGGACGUUCACUUCAGUGUGGAGCAGAUGGUGGACUCGUACGUCCAGAAGCACCCCGACAUCCUGCAGCUGCUGCAGACGGAUGAUACAACUGAGAGGCCAACACAAGUGGCAGCCCAUGGGAACCAUGCCGAAAAGGAUGCUGAAGAGGAACUGCAGCUCAUAAAUCUAGAGAUGGAUGCUGAAAGGCUGGUGGAGUUGAAAUGUGCAGAGACUGAUAGAGAAGCUCUUAAAUCUGCUUUGCAGGCUGCAGUGACGACCGCGUACAGCAGUCACAGUAGGCCACUUAGGGACACUAGUCCUGCUCAGGACGGAGAGGUGGAGUAUGUGACCAAGUCUGAGAUGAAAGAGGUUCUUGCAGUCUGUGAGAAUGCUGUCAGGGAGGGAAUCCUGCUGGAGGUGGGAACUUCCUUCUUUUCUUUGAUCAUCGACCGUGUUGUGAUACUGGGAGAUAAGGACUAUCUUCCACUCUUGAUCAGGUUCAUGGACAGUUUUGACGUCAUGCGAUUAGAGCUGAUGGGAUUCCUUGAAGCAGAUCUCGACUGUGAAAUCAUGGUACGUCGUCUUCUGGAAAUCGUAACGGUGGAGUGGCACCUCGAUUUGAAUAACUGCAGAGGUCAAGCGUACCUCGGUUCUGGUGACGUUUCAUACAAGCUGAAAGCCUUCGCCUGCAAAGUUCAGGAGAACUAUCCUCUUGCUAUAAGCACACACUGUUCUUCUUAUUCUUUCAACACGUGGUGGUCAAAAUCAAUCCCCGUACCUGCAGUCAAAAGAGCUCUAGACACAUUUGAAGAGGCCCUGAUGUUUUUUGGCAGCAGUGCUGCACUGGAGAAACAGCUGGACCACGUGAUAGCCUACGGUCUCAGAGAGAGCUACGAGAAGGUCCAGGAGUUACAGGGGACGUUUUGCUCUCUUUGGCAAGAGAAGCACGAUUCCUACGAGGUGUUUGUGCAGAUUCUCGAGCCUCUGGUCGAAUUUCUUGAGAAGGUCAAAAACAAUCCACAGAGAUGGAAAACCUUCGAGUCCGAGCAAGCGUCAGCUCUCCUCCGCAGGGUGAUGGAAUUUGAUUUCAUCAUGGCGAUGGUGGUCCUGAAGAAUGCGUGUUCUUUCACCAGAGAGCUGAGUGCAGGGAUCCAGAAGGACCAGUUCAGUGCUGCGUCCCAGCUUUGCCAAAUCAGUGGUAUUGUGUCCACUCUGAACAGGGUGAAAACCAAUAUGAAGGUGUUCCACCAGAACUGGUUUGAUGAGGCAUGCGCAAUCGCCCAGAGUCUCAGAGUUCAGAUCGAAGUGCCUGAAAACUCUGUGCCAAGAGAUGGAAUGAUAAAACCUGUUGGAUAUUACAAGGAUAGCUUGAGCGUCCCCCUUGUGGACAACCUCAUCAACGCUGUGAAGGAUCAUUUUUCCGAGGACCACAAAGAAGCUCUCAACUUCCUGUCCUUGGUUCCUUGCUCAGUGACGGUGAGCUACAUGUUUGAGAGCUUGAAGUCGAAGCCUCCUCUGUACAGCAGCGACCUCCCCGAUGCGGACAACUUCUUCACGGAGCUGUGUUGUUGGAGAGUGACUUGGAAGACUAAAGUGGCGUCUGUGACUAUCCCCAACUCCAUAUUCCACACGUUACGCCUGCCGCUCAUGCAGUACUUUGGGAACAUCAACACACUGCUGCGGAUUAUGUCUGUGCUCCCCAGCACAACACUGGAGGACUGCGGCGUCGUCAUGCGCCACAAGUUGUUCCAGGACUACCUGAAAAAUACCAACCCGAAAGACAGGUCCCCGUGUCUGGCCAUGCUGCAGGUGAGCACGGACUUCAGCCGAGACCUGGACCGCAUGGUGACCCAGUGCUUGAAGGUCACGCCCCAGGCCCUGGAGGGCAUUUGUCUGGACAAGGAAUCAAAGAGUCUCAUCAGGAAUGCUGAAAACAACAUGGAAGUUGAUUGUGUCAAAGAGGAAGCCGAGGAGACCAAAGUUCAGCAAUUCCCUGAAAGGAUGCAGGACCAAGACAUGAAACCAGCAGAUGAGAACGGACACGUAGGGGACAACCGUCAGAGCGUGGCGACAGUUUUUAGACUAGCCGCUCUCCUGGGGAAGCAGAAUCGCAGUCUGCUCGACCUCUCUGAAGAAGAGGGAGAACCACUUGUUCAGGAGCUCAAAAUGUGCCAGUGGUUUGGCAACGACGGCAAAAGCACACCAUCUAUUAGUGACGACGACCUGUUGAACCUCCUCAUCAAUGGAAUCAGAGAUAUCAUCCUCAAAGAGAUGCAGGAAUCCCCUUUCUUCUCACUUAUCACAGACAAGCCUGUCGGAACUGCUGACGAGACCCACCUACCUGUUUUUGUCAGGUAUGUUGGGGAGUCUGCACCCAAAGUGGAGCUGAUGGGUUUCCUACCGUUUAAUGAGGGCUCUACCGUUGAUAGACAAGCGAGCCACCUUGCGAGGGUUCUCACUGAAGAGUGGGGCCUCCCCAUGUCUCAGUGUCGAGGGCAGGCGUUCAUGCAUUUGGGCUCAGGUUGUCAAAGCCUGAAAAAAAUGUCUCUAGAUUUCCUCAAGAGCCACCCGCUCUGCGUCGUGACACCCAGCGAGUCUUGCGGUCUUGCCCAUUGGCUGGCCAGUAGUGUGCCUUGUCCUUCGGUGACAAAAAUGCUGGACGUCGCAGAAGACCUGCUGCUGUUCUUUGAUGAAUCUCCUUGCCUGGAAGGGCAGUUGGCGCAGGCUGUCGAUGGGCUCCUGAAUAUGCCGAGAGAAGCUUUAGAUGAAGUACCAGAAACGUGUUACUCGAGGUGGAAAAAGAGGGAGGACUUCUUUGACGUCCUCACCGACACACUGGAGGGCGUUCUGAGCUGCCUGGAUGCCGUUAGUUCCAGUGCCACCGGUACCAAGUCCAUGCAUGCACAAGUCCUCUCCACUGCUCUGAGGAACAUGGAUUUUAUUGUCACCCUCGUGAUUUUGAAGAACGCAUGUGCUCCCCUUCGUAACUGUAGCACUGUCUUCCGCUGCGGAAACCCAUCUGACAUCCUCUGUGAGGUGGAAAAAAUCCCCUCAAUCAUUGAGACUCUUGACAAAAUGCUAGGAAACGUGAGCGCUCUUCACUCCACGUGGUUUGAGCACGCUUUCCAGUUGGCAACCAAGGUAGCUCCUGAACAAGUGUGUUUUUCAGAGGAAGCCAACAGCUAUGAUUCUCCAGAGAUCUACUACAGAGAAAAUCUGAGUGUCCCACUCUUGCGAAGUCUUAUCGAUGAAAUGAAAUAUUGCUUCUCAGACAACCACUUGAAGGCCUUGUCAGUCCUUACAUUGCUGCCUUCUUGCAAUCCACAAUCCAUGCUGUCGGAGUCCCAAGACAACCCUUUCAGCAUCUACCUGACAGAUCUUCCUGAUCCCGAAGCUGCUGAGCAGGAAAUCAAUACCUGGGCUGCUGUUUGGAGUGAAAAAUACCAGGAUGUGGCUCCUCCGACGUCCAUCGCUGAAACCCUUGUCCAUCCUGAAUCCAAGAGCCACCCGGCGGUUUCCUUGCUGCUUCGGCUCGUGGCGGUCCUGCCCAGCGUUAGCAUGGAGUGUGACCUGAUGAAGACCACUCUCAACUCGCUGAGGGAUCUGUUUAACAACACUAUUUGCAGAGGCAGCAGAACGGACCGAGUGAUGCUGCUCUCUCACUGCACGACCCUGCAGAGACUGCCAGAAGUCAUCGUCAAGAGCAUGGAAGUUGAUCCAGAGAGCACUACGUGUCUUUCCCAGGUGCUGGGAACUUUGGAAAAAUUGAAAUUAGUCAAAGGAGGCCUUGAAUUAAAACUAGAAGAAGUAACAGAGCCACAAAGCUCCAGCACAGCUGAGAAACCUGCCGACGGAGAGCUGAAAUCAGCCGACGAGGACCUGAUCCUGGAAGUCGUACAAGGACCGAGAACAGCAGUGUCGUUCUAUGAGCCGCAGCUGCGUGAGCAAAUCAUCAAGGAACUCUGGGACUCUCAGUUCUUCACAGUUGUAACUGAGAGGGUGGUUGAGAUUGAUGGCGAGCCCUAUGUGCCCUUGUGCAUCAGGUACCUUAACAAAGAGGACAUCCAGUGUGAGGAAACGCUAGCUUUCAUCCCUUUCGUCGGAGGCUCUGUUGUCCUCACCGAAGCUAUUGAAACGGCUCUGUCUGAGAAGUGGGGGCUCAACAUGGAGUAUUGCAGAGGACAGGCCUUGCUGAGUGUUGGUGAGGUCGGAGCUCAGAUGAGAGCUGUGAGUGUAGCCAUCGCUAACAAAUACCCUCACGCUGUUAGAACUGUCAGCUCGGCUUUAUCUCUCAGUGGCUGGCUGGCUAAAUCUUCUCCUGCUGCAGAGGCAGCGGAUGGUGCAGUCCUCAUAGCUAAACUCUUACACUGGCUCACAGAGGAUGCAGACCGCCAGAACAAACUGGAGGACAUGAUCAUUAAUGUGUUCCAGCAGGAUGAAGGAAAGGCCAAUGAGUUGAGGGACAAACUUGUCAAGAACUGGGACAAGAGUCAUGAAAUGCAUGAGGUGAUGGUAGAGAUUUUAGAAGCAGUCAUGCUCUGCUUGAAAGAGCUGGAAGAGGAAGGAAGUACUUCGAACCAGCAACAAGCAUCACAGUUCUUAAAUGCAAUCAGAAACUUUGAGUUUAUCCUUUCUACCGUGGUGCAGAAGAAUGUCUUGAGUUUCACAAAAAAGUUGAGCCAGUCUCUUCAGGGCAAACCCUUAGAUAUGUUGCUUGCUGUGAAUAACUUGCCUGAUCUCAAAGCAUCCAUCGGUAAAAUCCAAAGUGAUAUUGACAUCCAUCACAAGGCCUGGUUUGAGGAAGCGGCCGCCCUGGCCUGCAAACUCCACGUCGCAAUGCUGCAUUCAGUGCUGCUGGAGCCAUUGAGCGAGUUUUACAAAGAAUCCAUUAGUGUAAAGGUGGUGGAGCACUUGAUAGCAGAAAUCAACGACCUCUUCACAGAAAAGGUAUUGGAUACCCUGAGAUGUCUGGAGAUUGUGCCUUACGCAAUGUCCAAAGUCGAAACCAGCAUUCUCAGCGGUCUUGUGUUCCGCCUGUACAAGGAGGACUUGCCCGAUCAGGCCUCCCUCCACUCUGAGAUGAAGGCGUGGAAGGAGAAGUGGUUGGAUCCUCUGGCAGGCUAUCUUCCAACUACCGUGCUCGAUACGCUCAAGACGUCACAGAUCAGAAGUUUUAGUAACAUUGAAACUCUCCUCAGACUCCAGGUUAUCUUGCCCUUUUCGAGGAGGGAGAGCAACUUCAGGCAGGGAAAACGAAGCUUGCAGGAGUUCAUUCAGCAAAGGAGGAGAUCUCUCAAGGAGCUCCAUCCUCUGUGAGAGUUGCAGGUCUUCCAUUAGCAGAUUUGAGCAAUGUGGUGGACGUCCACACCACUACACUGAAGGACUAAUGUGUUCCACCCUCAUCAUGAACUUCUGAACAGUUUCCCUGUACAUUAUUGAUUGAAUUAUGUUCCUUUGAUUGUCCUGCAAAGCCCUAUCCUAUGAGCUGUCUCUUCUUCUUUUUUUUUUUUUUUUUUUUACUUCUGUAGUUUGUACAGUUUUACUUCCCAAUGGGACCAGUAUCGUUGAAGAAAAAAAAUAAAAUUUAAACAAAAAAAAAAAUUAGCAACCCCCCACUGACAGUUAUCAAUGCUUGUGUGCCUUGAUGAGAAACUAAUAGAAGUUUAAAAAAUGUCCCAUUAGCUUUUUUGAAAAUAACUAUUUUUUCCAUUACCAGAAGCAACCAGACUGGCGUAUGCAUCACUGUCAUCAGCUCAUUCCAGUUAUUAGAUUGCACCCUCUCUUUCCUAGGCACAACGGUAGAAAUGAUUAGUUCUGUCAUGUUUUCUGAUGAUUUCCCACAAAUCCUGUCUCGGUGCAGGGAUGAAUUUGCUGUAAACGUAUCUUUGAGAAGAAUGUUUCCUUGAUAGGAAAACCUUCAUAUAUAUUUGUCAAAAAAGUAAUAAAACAAUCCAA